AUGGCUAUGCGUAAAGCCCAAUGUACUCUUUUACCUACCAAAAAGUUUUGGGAACCUGAUGACCCUGCAAAAGAUGGGCAAAAAGGAAUGUUCCUUGCUGACGAAUGGAGGGAAAAUGCCUGGGGCGCAUCACAUCAUUCUGUAUCCCAGCCUAUUAUGGUGCAGAGACGACGUCAAAGUUUCCAUGGAAAUGAUGUAAACUCUGUUCUUUCCCCUCGUUCAGAGAGUGGUGGGCUUGGAGUGAGCAUGGUAGAAUAUGUUUUGAGUUCCUCACCUGCGGAAAAACUUGACCCACGGUUCAGGAAAGGAGCCUAUAGUGCCAGGGAUCUGGAGUUAGAUGGACAAGAGAAAGCUGAGCAGAAGAGCAAGGCAUCGCCAUACGAGGAAGAAGGCAAACGCGACUUAGCGGCAGACCCUGAAGAUGUGUCAAAGUUAAAUUGCCCCCGCGGACUGCCCAAUGGUAUUGACGCAGAUUGCAAGGAUUUUAAUAGAACUCCUGGAAGCCGUCAAGCCUCUCCACAGAAAUAAUAGAAAGGUUGUCCCAAUACAGAAGGCUUAGGUCAACUUCCUAACUCUAUGAGCAACAAGCCCCUGACAGAUGAAUUUCCAAACUCUGAAAACCAAAAUUUGGAUAACAUGGAACAUGUUGGCCUUGACUCAUUACAAUUUGAUUAUCCUGGCAACCAGCUGCAAAUGGAAUCAACAGGAGCUGGCGUUGGUCUGUUUGACUACAAUACUCAACAACAGCUGUUCCAGAGAUCCAAUGCUUUGACUGUUCAACAGCUGACAGCAGCACAACAGCAGCAGCAGCAGCAACAACAAUACGCACUAGCAGCACAACAACAGCAGCAGCAUAUAGCUGGUGUAUUUUCAGCAGGCCUUGCUCCCGCCGCUUUCAUGCCAAACCCUUAUAUCAUCAGCACCGCUCAUCCUGGCACCGACCCAUAUACAGCUGCUGGCUUGGCUGCUACUUUAGCAGGUCCUACAGUUGUUCCACCACAAUAUUAUGGAGUUCCCUGGGGUGUGUACCCAGCUGGGUUAUUUCAGCAACAAGCAGCAGCAGCCGCAGCAGCUGCUGCCUCGGCAAACAAUUCGGCAAACCAGCAAACUGCAACACAGGCAUCGCAAGGACAGCAGCAGGUUAUGCGCUCUGCAGCCAAUCAGCGUCCUCUUACACCUAUUCAGGGACAGCAAGGUCAACAGGAGUCACUUGCAGCUGCUGCAGCUGCAAAUUCAGCUUUGGCUUUUGGACAAGGUCUUGCUACCGGCAUGUCAGGUUACCAGGUGCUCACACCCACUGCCUAUUAUGACCAGAACGGUGCCUUGGUGGUUGGUCCUGGAGCAAGAGCUGGGCUUGCUGCCCAGGUGCGAUUAGUUGCUUCUACACCCCUACUAAUCAGUCCUGCUGCAGCUCAAGCUGCUGCUGCAGCUUCAGCCUCUGGUGCUAACAAUCUAAACGGAGCCACAAACAACAUCUUCCGACCCCUUGGCCACCAGCAGCAGCAACAGCAGCAGCAGCAACCCAAUGCUAACCUGCACUCAAGUUCUUUCUAUGGGAACAACAACGUGACCAAUAGCAAUCCGAGCAGCUCCUUGUUUUCUCAUGGCCCUGGGCAGCCAGGGAACACCUCCAUUGGCUUUGGCAGCAACAACUCACUGGGAGCGGCAAUUGGCUCUGCUUUUGGGGGUUUCAACUCAUCAGUUGGCAAUUCCGCAGUUAGUAGUGGUUCAAGGAGAGAUUCCCUGACUGCUAGCUCUGACUUAUACAAAAGGUCUAGCAGCAGCCUAGCACCCAUAGGGCAGCAGUUUUACAAUAGCCUGGGAUUUUCCUCCUCUCCGAGUCCAGUAGGCAUGCCUCUGCCAAGCCAAACGCCAGGACAUUCACUAACGCCACCGCCAUCUCUUUCAUCACAUGGAUCUUCAUCCAGUUUGCAUUUAGGAGGGCUAACAAAUGGCAGUGGACGGUAUAUUUCUGCUGCUCCUGGAGCGGAGGCAAAGUAUCGCAAUACAACCAGCACCUCAAGUUUGUUUAGUUCCAACAGCCAGCUCUUCCCACCCUCUCGUCUGCGGUACAACAGAUCUGAUAUCAUGCCUUCUGGCCGGAGUAGACUAUUGGAGGAUUUCAGGAACAACCGCUUCCCCAACCUGCAACUCAGGGACCUAAUUGGGCACAUAGUUGAGUUUUCUCAAGACCAGCAUGGAUCUCGAUUCAUACAGCAGAAGUUAGAACGUGCCACUCCGGCAGAACGUCAUAUGGUAUUCAAUGAGAUUCUGCAAGCUGCCUACCAGUUGAUGACAGAUGUAUUUGGAAAUUAUGUUAUACAGAAAUUUUUUGAAUUUGGGAGUAUGGACCACAAAUUAGCUCUUGCAACGCGUAUACGUGGGCACGUUCUUCCUCUUGCCUUACAAAUGUAUGGAUGUCGUGUCAUUCAAAAAGCACUGGAAUCCAUAUCUCCAGACCAGCAGGGUGAAAUGGUUAGAGAAUUGGACGGCCAUGUCCUAAAAUGUGUGAAAGACCAAAAUGGAAACCAUGUGGUGCAGAAGUGCAUUGAAUGUGUCCAACCGCAGGCUCUUCAGUUCAUAAUUGAUGCAUUCAAGGGACAGGUAUGUGAAAUUUCAGGUAUGCUGAUCUUUGAAUUAUAA